AUGACAGCCUUCGACAUCAAAAUCGUCUCCGACGCCAUAUGCCCAUGGUGUUAUCUAGGCAAAAAGCGCCUCGAACGCGCCAUCAACCUCUACAAAGCCUCCGUUCCCAACGCCAGCUCCGACACUUUCAAAAUCCAUUGGCACCCCUUCUACCUCGACCCUUCCCUCCCCAAAACCUCGGUUGACCGCGAUGAGCACCUCCUCAAGAAAUUCGGCGAUCCCAACCGCCUGGCCAUGUCCACCAUGAUGCUCAAGCGCUUCGGCGAAGCCGAGGGCAUCAACUUCUCGUUCAAGGCCAGGAUCGGAAACACCCGUGACGCCCACCGGCUGGUUCAGCUGGCAAAGACAAAGUCGAACGAGCUCGAAAACAGUGUUAUCUCUGCGCUUUUCAAGCUGCAUUUCGAGGAAGAUGGAGACAUCACUUCCCAUGACGUUCUGAUCGCCGCCGGCGAGAAGGGAGGGCUGGACAAGGCUGAGGUCGAAUCCUGGCUCGAUGAGGGCAGGGGCGGACCCGAAGUCGACAAGGAGGUUGAGGAGGCGUACCGGGAUGGAGUGUCCGGAGUGCCGAAUUUCACCAUCAAUGGAAAGUACAGAGUGGAAGGCGCCCAAGAUCCCGAGAAGUUGGUGGAGGUUCUGAAGAGGAUAAAGGCUUCUGCUCCUGCUGUCAGCGCUUCUUCCGAAGGAGUAAGCUGCUAG